GACAGAGUACUCUGCAAACAUAAACCCUAUUCCCUUUCUUUCCUCUGCUUAAUCUCUUCAUCAUUGGCUCGAUUGAUUCGAAUUCUCGAUAAUUGAAGGCUUUAAAAUCAAACCCUUUUCAGCAUAAUCUUUCUUUCACUGAAUUCUUGGUUUUCUGGGUUUCUCCAUGGUUGCAAAAUUAGGGCUGUUUCAAGAAACUCUGGCGAUUCAAGCUGACAUGUAUAACAUGUUUAUUUUGGUUGGUUUGCUAGAAACUCUGGCGAUUCAAGCUGAAACCGGAGUCCCCCUGAUAAUUUCGUGGUGCUUAAGAACUGAAAAGGGGGAAGCAAGGAGCUUUUGCCAUUCUUAUCUCUCACCUAUAAGAUCACAAGAUGGUGUUGCAAUGACACUAGUCACUUCGAAAGCGAGAGGUCUAGCCAUGUUUAUCAAAUUGCUGAGAUAGAUCGACCCUUUGAAUACCAAUCAAGAACACAUAAGGGAAACUUUGUUUUUGAGAAGUCUUUAAGAGAUAGGUGAAACCUCACAGGAAGAAUUGAGUUCUAGAACUUGCACAUACAAGUCAUGUUACACUGUUGAAUGACAUGCCUUCAAUUUCUCGAUUUCUAUUUAUGAGAAUUUUGUUCUUGUUGGGAGUCCCUAAUGAUUGAAUAAACCUAGAUUUUACUAUGACAUGAUAGUAUGUAGUUUCUUGGAAGGACCAGCAUGCUGCUGUAAAUAUGUCUUGCCAUUUAUCUUUUCAAUUGGUUAUUUGUCUUAUUUUUUAUGUUUAUUUUAGAACUAGUUUUGCUUUGAACUAAUCAGAGAUGAUUAUUUAUGGGGCUUUCCCCCCCUUCCAGUCACUUGCCAAUUGGGAGGGGUACUCUUUCAACUGCAUAAAGCAUGAAAUUUAUUGGAUUUCUUUCUUACACAUGGACAAAGCCAAUGUAGCCAAAUCUUACAAGCUUGGUGACAGGAGUACAAGUGACAUCAUUGUACGCUUGAGAAAUGAAGAAGGAAGACCUGAAGUAAUCUACUCUCAUUCGUUUAUUCUUAAAACUAAGAGCAAGUUUUUUGCUGAAAAGCUCUGCCAAACGAACCCUAUUUCUUGCAUUGAGGUUCAUUGCUCAGAUUAUGAUUAUGAUUAUCAUGUUGAACUUUUGAGGCGUCUGUAUCUUCCUGAAGACUCACUUUUGGACUCCUGGGAUUCUGUUAGAUCUGCUGUUGGAAUUCUUCAGGUUGCAGCUACCUUAUACUGUGAAGAGAUUACACAGAGCUGCAUUCAGUACUUGGAGGCUGUCCCUUGGGAGGACAAGGAAGAGGAAGAGAUAUUAAAAGCGGUUUCGAAACUGGGUCCAAUAGCCAUGCCCAUAUUGGCCAGGAUUCAACCCGUUGAUUUAAAUGCCACAAAAAAUGUUUUCUUGUCUGCAAUUCGCUUUGCCACUUCCAUAGGUGGACCGUGCCCUCCGUUUGGUGAUGAGCUGAAAACUUCUGCUCAAGAACAAGUUGAAUACAUGCUCGGGGAAGAUGAAGACACCCCAUUGGUUAUGGCCGAUGAGGAAGUUAAAACAGAGGUAAGAACAGGUCUUUUGAAGAUUUGCUUAUCGUUUGAAACGGGCUUGUCUUCCCUUCUCUUGGAGUCUGAUGAUCUCAUAUCUAAGACAGCAGAGAAUAGAGUAAUACAGAGUCUAGCUGACCUAGAAUGGAUGUGUACUAUACUCCCAAAAAUGGACUUAAUGAAGGAUUUUGUGGCUAACUGGGCAGAAAUUUCUGGUAAUAUCUUGAGGGUUGUUGAAGACAAGAAACUUGAUUCGCUCAUGUGGGGUUUUAAAGUGAAGCUAAUAGAAGUGACUGCAAAGGUCUUGGAAGCAGUCGGAUAUGGAAAUGUAAUUCUUCCAUCACCAUGUCGGGUGCAAUUGCUAAAAACAUGGCUCCCGUAUAUAAGGAAGAUAAAGCCUCUUCUGGAUUCGAUGGGGGACGAGGACACUGGUUUUCCUUACAAGAUGGAUGAAGAGCUUUGUCAGAGUGUUGAAGGGGCAAUUGUGUCAUUGAUACUGGCAUUGCCAUCAAAUGAUCAAGCUGAUAUUCUUGCUGAUUGGAUGAAAGCUGAGCAGGUGAGGUAUCCUGACCUGAGCGAGGCCUUUGAGUUAUGGUGUUUCAGAACCAAGUCCUCAAAGAGAAGAUUACUCGAGGGCUUGGAUAGUGUUGGCGAGGACAGUGCCACUCUUAGCCUUGAUUUGUCACACUGAUUUUGUUAUGAGGUUAAUUUUGUAAGAUGGGUAGUUGGUGAUGAUUCCACCAUUGUAUGAUGAUUAAAGUGAAGCUUUUUUAUUUUUAUAAUUUUGGUUUCAUUUUGUUGUAGCUUCUAAAUGCUUCAAUGAUAUGUCUACAGGUUUGUACUCUUUUAACAUGUGAAACACCCAACUUAAAAAUAUGGAGUUUUCUUGUUCA